UCUUGCCUUAAAAAUAUCCCCUUGUCUCUUUCUCUCUUCACAUGCAGUUUACGGAGAGAGGGCUACACUGUGCAGGUCAACGUCAAUGACUACCUGGACAUCUACUGCCCGCACUACAACACAAGCCAGCGGGGGGUGCUAGAGCGUGGUGUGGCUGAGCAGUAUGUACUUUACAUGGUUAGCUACCGUGGCUAUCGCACCUGUGACCCACAGAUGGGCUUCAAGCGUUGGGAAUGCAACCGCCCACACGCACCACACGCACCAAUCAAAUUCUCUGAGAAGUUUCAACGCUACAGUGCCUUCUCGCUCGGCUACGAGUUCAACGUGGGCCACGAGUAUUAUUACAUAUCCACACCCACCCAUCACCAUGGCCACAGCUGUUUAAGACUGAGGGUAUUUGUGUGCUGUUCUACACUUUCACAUGCAGGUGAUGAUGCAGACCAAAACCCUCCUGACUACACAGCCAGGCCUAACAUACAUAACAUCGAUGAGUUUAACCACAACAUCCCCAAACUGGAGAAGAGCAUCAGCGGCAGCAGUCCCUCUCGAGAUCGUUUGUUGAUGACCGUUGUGAUGUUGCUCCUGGGUGCCCUUCACAUCUCCUAGCCACUGUCUCCCUUGUGACUUUUCAGACCUACUAGUAGACCUAAUAGGGAAAUAUAGCAGUAGAUCUAUUACACCCAAACAGUGGCCUUGGGGCCGAGGGCUGGAUAAUGAGGAAUGAGCCAAAAAUGCCCUCAACUGAAUGGAUGGAUGAUUGAAUAUCAGAAUGGUGAUAUGUGAACUUGCCUUUUUGAUGGAACAUCAGCUACUAUCUUCUCCUUAGGAUAUAAAAGAUGAAGACCUUGAAUGGAAUAUUGAAGCAUUUCUUGUCUAAUUAUACAUACAACUACAUCUGGAUUCUAGUAGGCUCUGUGCAUCUCACACUGCUUAUAAAGUCUGUAAAAUGGACUUUGUUGGACAGUCUCAAAAACAUACUGCAACAAUGAAACUACUGGAUGCAUCAGUUACCAGGUUGGUGAUGAAGGUCAAAUAGUUCCUCUACAGGAUUGUAUCCAGCUGUUAGAGGUAGUCAAGGUACAAGUCUUCCGAGACUUGGUACUUUGAGCCAAUCGUGUUCCGAGUGCAAUGGAACAAGAAGA